AUUCCUUCGGGCAUUUCUCCCAGAGUCCUACUCCGCUUGAGCUAGGGACCUUCCAAUUUAUUGCCGGCCUUAGCUGUCCAGACUUUGGUGGUCUGUUACGUGACAGCCCCGGAAACCACAUCUCCGGAUACCCCCUCAUGAUGACCCGUGUUUCUACCUAACGAGGCUCUUUUUAAAUAUUUAGAUUGAUUCUGGCGUGCAUGCAGGUUGCUUAUGUCUGCGACAGAACCCUCGGAAUCCCCGGCUCCUAGUGGUCAUGGGGAGGUUCAGCCGGCCGCUCUCAACGAGGGGAGUACAACUGAACUAGUGAAUUCCACUGGCCUCGAACCUGCGGUGCAGCUACAGGAUGAACCCCCCAAAGUGUCGGAAGCCAACCAAGACGCGCAACAAGACAAGAUGGAGGGAACCGUCCAGACCGAAGUGCAGACCACCGGGGAAUUUCCAAAGGCGGCUCCGAUGCCAUCUGCGAUAGAUUCCUCGAACCCCAUACCGCCCCCCCGAGAGUCGCUUCCCGAGCGGAUGAAGGGGCUCUCCAUAUUGACGACAACACCGGAGCCUGUUUUGUCGCCUACCGCGGAGAUACCCCCUACGCCUCCAGCAAAGGACGAAGCCUACCUGACCCCGAAUCCCCACUCUGCAAUUACACACUCGCCCGCGAUCGAGUUGACCGACAAGGAAUUGCCGAACGUUCCUGAGAAUGACCAAGAUGGAAACCAGAAUACAACUGGCGGAGAUGGUGACUCCCAGUCGGAAAUCCAGAGCAUCAUGGAUCAAUUCCAAGACUCUACCCGCGGCGAUGGCCAGGACCAGAUCAUGUCCCCCCGGCUGGAACUGGCCGAGCAGUUUCUUGGUGGACAAACUCACUUUCCACCUCGCCAGUCCAGCCUGGAUCACAGUAAAGCCGCACUUGAUGAAUCGCGGGCACCCAAGUCUGCGACAGGGGUAUCUUCGAUCUCGGCUGAGAAACAACCGGCAAGACUCCCCAAGAAUUCUGCGGUCGAUGAGGCUAAAUUGAGCCGGCGUUCGUCGACAUCAACCAUUCCUCCACCCCCAGAGCCCGAGCCCGACCAGCCCUUUGAUUUCCAUCGUUUCCUAGAGCAACUGCGUCAUCGCACUGCGGACCCAGUUGCCAAGUUCCUACGCUCAUUUCUCCACGAGUUUGGGAAGCGACAGUGGAUGGUCCAUGAACAAGUGAAAAUCAUCAGCGAUUUCUUGGUAUUCAUCACGAACAAAAUGGCCCAGUGUGAAGUCUGGCGCGAUGUGUCCGACAGCGAAUUCGACAACGCCAAAGAAGGGAUGGAGAAACUUGUAAUGAAUAGACUAUAUUCCCAAACCUUUUCCCCGGCUAUUCCGGGUCCGCCCACAAUCCCAAGGAGCGCAAGUAGAAGCAAACGACGCGAGAUGGAGAGGAUGCACGGCCCAUGGAGACGCGGACAGCACCAGGAGGAUAUGGAGCGUGAUGAAGUGCUGGCUCAGAAGAUGCGAAUAUACAGCUGGGUAAAAGAGGAGCAUUUGGACAUACCACCAGUGAGCGGUCAUGGCCGUCGCUUCUUGAAUCUAGCCCAGCAGGAACUGUUGAAGAUCAACGGUUAUCGGGCUCCCCGCGACAAGGUUAUCUGUAUCCUGAACUGCUGCAAGGUCAUUUUCGGUUUGCUGAGGAAUUCGAAGCGAUCGGAUACGUCUGCCGAUUCAUUUGUGCCGCUUUUGAUCUACGUGGUGCUGCAGGCCAACCCUGAUCAUCUGGUAUCUAACAUUCAAUACAUCCUGCGGUUCCGCAACCAGGAUAAGCUUGGAGGGGAAGCUGGUUAUUACCUGUCGUCCUUGUCUGGAGCGAUCCAGUUCAUCGAGACCCUAGACCGGACCAGCCUGACUGUGACUGACGAAGAGUUCGAGCGAAGCGUUGAAGCGGCCGUCUCUGCCAUUGCCCAGCAAAAUCGCGAGUCUGAGACGCUGGAGCGAAAAUCGUCAGGACGUCCCGCUGAAGGCUCCCAAUCCGCACCACGAAGUUCUGUCGAGACACAACGUACGGCGGUGCGCAGAGAAGCAACGCAGUCUAGCGACGAAGACACGGCGCCAGUGGCAGGACUUCUGCGGACCAUCCAAAAGCCAUUGUCGACCAUAGGAAGGAUCUUUUCUGACGAGCCAGAAUCGCCCCAAGAUCGGCCCACGCAGUCUGGGGCAUCUCCGCGGCUGACACCGAAUGUAUACCAGCCACCACGCAAUAGCAGCGAAGGCCGGCGAUCGGCCGAGAGAGCCCGUGGUGCAGCCCCUCCGCAGGUGGCUAGGGCGGGUUCUCAAGAUGCCGCUGUCCGUCAAGCCAGUGCUGAGGAUGCAGAGGCGCGGAGAAUUCAUCGUGUCGAGCACAACAAUGUCGUAGAGACGCUGUGUAACAUGUUCCCCAACCUUGACCGUGAUGUAAUUGACGAUGUUGUCAAGAUGAAGGAGGGAAGGGUUGGGUUAGCGGUGGAUGCGUGUCUCGCUCUUAGUGCCGAGUGAACAGGAUGAAGUAGGCCAGGACAGGCAUAUAAUUCGAAGGGGUUAGCAUUCGGGGUUAAGCUCUUAUCGUAGCCGUCUAUGUACUUAUUGCCUGGGCUACUGCAUAUAAUAGUGCUGCUGGAUGGUAGCCAUAUAUAAUUGACCCUUAAGACAUUGUACGCGCAUGAGGUAACCUCA